CACGUGACCGCAGCGGCUGCCUGUACAGUAAGGACCCAAUAUGGCAGCGGCGGUAGCAGUGGCAACGGCAGCAGGAGGACCGGCCGCCCCAUAGACCCCCGCCCCCCCCCUCCGCGCACCACCCCCGCCGCUUCCUCUGCUUGGGUGCUCCUCGGACCUGACUUCCCCUUUCUCCCACUUUUCCCGGCACCGCGGGAAAAGCAUCGCAGGGCAGAGCAGGCAGGGAGGGCGGCCGGAGCCCGGACACGGGAGCCUCCCAGUCAGUUCAAGACCCGACAUGAGGGAAAAGGGCCGUAGGAAGAAGGGCAGGACCUGGGCGGAGGCCGCCAAGACGGUCUUAGAAAAAUACCCCAAUACACCCAUGAGUCAUAAAGAAAUUCUUCAAGUUAUCCAGAGAGAAGGACUAAAAGAAAUCAGAAGUGGGACUUCCCCUCUUGCAUGCCUGAAUGCAAUGUUGCACACAAACUCCCGAGGUGAAGAGGGCAUCUUCUAUAAGGUUCCAGGUAGAAUGGGCGUAUAUACUUUGAAGAAAGAUGUGCCGGAUGGGGUGAAAGAGCUAUCAGAAGGUUCAGAAGAAAGCAGUGAUGGUCAGUCAGAUUCCCAGAGUUCUGAGAACAGCAGCAGCAGCAGUGAUGGUGGCAGCAACAAGGAGGGAAAAAAGAGCAGGUGGAAAAGGAAAGUAUCGUCUAGACUGUCACAACCAUCCUCUCCCCAGUCAGGCUGCCCAUCACCUACCAUUCCAGCAGGUAAAGUCAUUUCUCCAUCACAGAAGCACAGCAAGAAGGCACUAAAACAGGCUCUAAAACAGCAACAGCAGAAGAAGCAGCAGCAACAGCAAUGCAGGCCAAGCAUGUCCAUCUCCUGCAACCAGACUCUCUCCCUGAAGACUGUCAAAGCAACCAGUGACUCUGUUUCUGCCAGGCCUGCAAUGUGGGAAGGAAAGCCAUCUGAUGGCCAGUCAAGCAGCCCUCAGAACUCAAAUUCUAGCUUUUCUUGUUCAGUUCAAGUGGAAAAUCCCUUGCUAGGCUUGGGGAAGAAGUCAUUCCAGAGGUCUGACAGGCUCCACACAAGGCAAAUGAAAAGGACUAAAUGUGCUGAAAUUGAUGUUGAGACACCAGACUCCAUUCUGGUUAACACAAAUCUACGAGCACUGAUCAACAAACACACCUUUUCAGUCCUUCCUGGAGAUUGCCAGCAGCGACUGCUUUUACUCCUUCCAGAGGUGGAUCGUCAGGUUGGUCCAGAUGGUCUGAUGAAGUUAAAUGGCUCAGCCCUUAACAAUGAGUUCUUCACUUCAGCAGCCCAAGGCUGGAAGGAACGACUCUCAGAAGGUGAGUUUACACCUGAGAUGCAGGUGAGAAUUCGACAAGAGAUUGAGAAGGAGAAAAAAGUAGAGCCAUGGAAAGAACAAUUCUUUGAAAGCUACUAUGGUCAGAGUUCUGGCCUGAGCCUUGAGGAUUCAAAGAAAUUAACAGCCUCGCCCAGUGAUCUCAAAGUAAAGAAAACCCCAGCAGAGCAACCAAAAUCCAUGCUUCCUUCAGACGCCUCACCUGCCAGUACAGUCCCAGUGAUUCCCCAGUUAGAGUCUAUAGAAGAAGUGGCACAAGCACCAUCCCCAGUAAGGAAGGAAGAGCAUGAAAGCCAAGAUCUGGUGCCGCCGAACUCGAAGCCCACAGAGCCCCUACUGUCCUCAGCAAGCAAUACCCAAGAGCUUGGCGGCACUGUUCCCAUCAAGUGCCCUAAGGAUGAUGAGCUCUUGGAGCAGAAGCCAGUUGCCUCUGUUGAACAGGAGUCUGAGAAAGAGAAUCAUCUCACUACAGUUUCUAAUUACAACAAAGAUGAAAGCCAAGGAGCUUUAGUUACAUCCCCAAACAAACCCAAGAGUCCUGGGGUGGAUAAGCCAGGAAUGAAGCCCAUAGUGGAAACAGGUCCACAGGAGACCAGUAUGAAAGAACCUCCAUCAGCUCUGACCGAUCACAGCCCAGAGAGCCUUAAGAGGAAAUCUUGUCUCCUUCAAGAAGAGGCCCCUGUGAGCUGGGAGAAAAGGCCGCGUGUCACUGAGAAUCGCCAGCACCAGCAGCCAUUUCACGUCUCGCCACAGCCCUUUCUCAGUAGAGCAGACAGGAUCCAGGUGCGAAAAGUACCGCCUCUCAAGAUACCUGUCUCCAGAAUCUCCCCCAUGCCUUUUCCUACAUCGCAGGUCUCUCCCAGGGCUCGUUUUCCAGUCUCCAUCACUAGUCCUAACAGAACAGGAGCCAGAACUCUUGCAGACAUCAAAGCAAAAGCCCAGCUGGUCAAAGCACAGAGGGCAGCAGCCGCCGCCGCCGCCGCCGCUGCCGCCGCCGCCUCGGUUGGAGGGACCAUUCCAGGACCUGGCCCGGGGGGUGGACAAGGUCCAGGAGAGGGUGGUGAAAGGAAGCCUGCUAGAGGAGGGAGUCCAGACUCAGACAGAGCCCGUGAACCCGGAAAGGGCCCCGCACUGGAAUUGGCAGGAACUGGAAGCAGGGGAGGUACGAGAGAGCUUUUACCCUGUGUUCCAGAGACUCAGCCCCAGUCUGAGACCAAGACCCCAGACCAGGCUCAGCCUCAUAGUGUCUCUGGAGCACAACUACAGCAAACCCCCUCAGUGCCUCCAACACCUGCCAUCAGUGGAGCACGCACAAGUGUCCCAUCACCAGCCCACACUCACGCACCCCCACCAGCUGUAGGGAAGCUGAGUAAUGAAAAACUGAAUCCCACCAGGGCAACAGCCACAGUGGCCUCUCUUACCCACCCACAAGGGCCCAACGAUUGCAGACAGGAGAAAGCGCCUUCUGCUCCGACAGAUUCUGCUCUCCUCUCUGGUGCCUCGCCUGUUCGUUUUGCAGCUGACGGCACAGUUGAGCCCAGAGUAGGUUCUAGUAAGAAUAUACCAGACCCUUCAGCCUCAGCAGAGACAACUGCUAGUACGUCAGUGGAUAUGACUCCCUCUCCUUUAACAUCUUUAUUAACAGCAGCCACUUUAGAAAAGCUUCCUGUACCCCAGGUCAGUGUGACUGUAGCACCUACCGGAUCAGCUCCGUCCUCGAGCACUUUGCCAGUAGCUUCUAGCCUUAAAACUCCAGGAACUUCUUCAAAUAUGAAUGGACCCAUUUCAAGGCCAAGCUCUAGUAUCCCUGCGAAUAAUCCUUUGGUCACUCAGCUGCUUCAGGGCAAAGAUGUUCCCAUGGAGCAAAUUCUGCCCAAACCUCUCACCAAAGUUGAAAUGAAAACUGUUCCACUGACCACAAGAGAGGAGCCGGGGGUAGGAGCCCUCACAGGCACCAACGCAACAGAGAUCAGCAGAGAGGAAGUUAGUGAGAGGCAGUCUCGCCCAGCUCUACAGCCGCUGGGUAAAACCUUGCAAAAUAAGCAGCUCCCCCAGGUUCCAAGAUCCCUCCAGCUCUUGACAGGUAAGGAUCUGAGGGACUCUAGCAUUGACACACACCAAUACCAGGAAGGACUAAAUAAAGCCACUCAAGAUCAGAUCCUUCAGACUCUCAUCCAGAGGGUUCGGAGGCAGAAUGUUCUCCCGUUUGUGCAGCCCUCCCAGUUCAGCUUCACUCACUCAGGUUUCCAGUUAGAGGAUAUCUCCACAAGCCAGAGGUUCAUGUUGGGUUUUGCUGGCAGAAGGACAUCAAAGCCUGCAAUGGCAGGUCACUACUUACUUAACAUUUCCACCUAUGGCCGGGGUUCAGAGAGCUUUAGGAGGACCCAUUCUGUAAACCCUGAAGACCGUUUUUGUCUAAGUAGCCCCACUGAGGCCUUGAAAGUGGGAUAUACAGACUGUAAAAAUGCAACAGGAGAUAGUAGCAGCGGCAAAGAAGAAGAUACUGAUGAGGAAAGUACUGGUGAUGAGCAAGAACCCAUCAUGGUGAAGGAGGAGCCCCAGGCUUCCCAGGGUUCUGGCAAGUGUGAAGCAAGUUCAGGACCCCACAGUAGAGAGACCCCAUCCACCAAUGAUUGUUUAGCAAAAAAGAAUGUGAAGGCGGAGACACCAGUGCAUGAGCAAACCACUUUAAGCAAGGAGAAUUACCUGUUCCCUAGAGGCCAAACAUUUGAUGAAAAAACCCUAGCCCGAGAUUUUAUUCAGGCAGCACAGAAACAAAUAGCUCAUGCAGUGAGAGGGAAGACGAUGCGUAGCAGCCCUGAGCUUUUCAGUUCUGCUCUCCCUCUGACUGCAGACAGUCCCACCCAUCAGCCUCUCCUCCUUCCGCCACUGCAAACCCCAAAGCUAUAUGGAAGCCCCACACAGAUUGGGCCAAGCUACAGAGGCAUGAUCAAUGUCUCCACCUCGUCUGACAUGGACCCUAACUCUGCUGUACCGGGGAUGCCUGACUGUAGCCAAGUAUCUAGCAACGUAGGUGAUGUCAUGUCCUUUUCAGUGACUGUCACUACUAUCCCUGCUAGCCAAGCUAUGAAUCCCAGCAGCCAUGGCCAGACCAUUCCUGUUCAGGCCUUUCCUGAAGAGAACAGCAUAGAGGACACACCUUCGAAAUGUUACUGCCGAUUGAAAGCCAUGAUCAUGUGCAAGGGGUGUGGAGCAUUCUGCCACGAUGAUUGCAUCGGCCCCUCUAAACUUUGUGUCUCCUGCCUUGUCGUUCGGUAACGAGACUAGAAAGAGAACAUGCUGUAAAGGAGGCAGGAAGGGAAGGGUUGACGAGAUGUGUUUUUUGCAUCCUUUGGGAAUCACAGAAAUAAAUAAGGAGGUUUCAGUUGUCUUGAGAGACAAAUGUUACUUAAUCAGGAAUACAGAGUGCAGAUCUUACAUUUUAGAGGAAGAGCACCUUGUAUAGUAAGUCUAGGUCAAGCAAGACUUUGUGAAUUUGUGACAAGUUUGCACUUACAAAAUCAUGUAAAUAUGUCACAUUUUGUUUUAACGUUUUUCCAGCUGUUUAGGUAAUGAUGUAUUACUUUAAAUUCAGAUUUAUGUUCUGCUUCAUGUGACUCUGAGAAAACUUUAAUGCCAUGCAUGGUUACAGGAAGCUGUCUCUUUUCUGUCCUUUCCUAAGUAGCCAGGAAAAGGAAGGAGUUGAAGGGAUGGUCUGGAGAAAUGACCAUUCAAGCUGAUUAUGUCAUGACAGUCUGACUGCAGGCUUUACAUGGAUUAUUCAGCCUUUGCAGAAUCUGGAGUCAGGGUUUGCUCAGUCCCUUUAUCUUAGACAGGAAGAACCUUCUUAAGUUCAAAUUUUUGAUAAGAUGUUAAUUUCACAGGUAGUAUUUCAGACUCCAAAAGCUCUUGACCUGGUUCUUGGCUUCCACAAACCCGUGCUGUUGCCAAGCUCUCUGCUUGCAGUUUGUGGAUCCCUGCCCUCAAGUCCCACUACCCUGCCCUGAGACUGUGAAUGUGGCCCAUAAAGGGGAUGCCUCUCCGGGCCCCUGCUGUUACUGUCGCCUGUGCAGGGCAGCAGUUCUGGCAAUAACAUCCAAGUACUUUGUCAGUCGUGGAGCUUACAAACAGGUAGGAAAUACUAGGACAAAAGUAACAAAUAAUAUUAAUGAUGGGGUGAUUUGAACUAUGUGUUUUGUUGGGCAAAGGAGUAAAAGUGCAGAAAUUGUUAAACUGAACAUACAGACCUUUGGAAAACGGUUUUAACACUAGAAACAAGGUAGUCUUUCUUUUCCUCUUCUUGCCCAACCCGUUCCCUGAUGUUCUGUAGUCCUGCUGUCGCUGCAGGAAGAAAAGCCCUUGGCUGUCACAUUUGCCCGUUCUGUUAAGCCUGUUUGGACCUCCCAGGCAUCUGAGGAGUAUGGAAGAACCUUGUUCUAUAUGACUCUGAACACAGUGUGCACGCAUACAGUAAAAGUUAGACACUUUUCCUGUUUGAGAAAACCUGUCCUCUAUUUUGGAUUGCUGGUAUCUAUGCACUAGAGAUUUCUAAUGUAAAGGGGCCUCAGUAAAUGGCUAAGGGAACAUCUAGAAAGGAGAAAUUAGCUUCACAGUUUUGUUAUUUGUUUUUGUUGACUUUUUUUGUUUCCUUUUUUAUUCUUUUAAAUCUUGUCUCUAAUGACUGAAGAGUUUUUGAGUACAUAUAUUUAGGUCAUGGUUAAAGAACAUUAGAAUAAAUCUACAGUUUAUCAGAAUUUGGUAUCGAAGAAUUGGGUGUUGUCAAUGUGCAUCUUUUGCAUAUUGAUUUUAAGUUUCCUAAUUUCAAGUGUAUAAAGUAAAAAUAUUAUUGCAACCUAGUACACUUGUGGUUGUACUUAGUAUUCAGGAUGUGAUAUUUACCAUAUGCAGAACAGUGUAAACUUAUUAAGUCACAUUCCAGAUUAGGAGAAAGUAGACAGUAACACUCUUCCCCAUUCUGUUACCCAUUCCCCUCCUUGCCCCAUAAUAUACAUGCUUGUAAUACUUUUGAACCCCAUAAGAAACUUACUGCUACACUAUUCUUCAGUUUUUGUUUUUGUUAAGUUUUUGCGACCCAAGGCAAAUACAAGAUUAAUAUCUGUGUUCCAGUUUCAGCUGAGACAAUAGGAUGCCCUCCUAACUUCCCGUUUUCUUCGUGGCUUAAAAAUAUGAAGGCUGCAAGGAUACAGGGGUAAGGAUUAAGUUCUCCAGCCAAGAUCCAGUAGGAAACAGAAACCAUGCUUCUGUUCCCCAGACUGUCAGUACCCUGGACAGUCCAAGGGAGGGAGUUCAAAGCACCUAUUGCUGGGUUAGACUCCCCAUACUUAGCUUCUUCACUCCCUGUGUCCGUGCCAGGACCGAAGGCGGUCUGUGCGCUGGAAGUGCCUGAGUGAUUCAGAACGGACCCCAUGCUGAACGUUAAUUACCAGUUUGGAUUGAUCAACGUGAGUUUUCUUCUUUGCGCCUUUGCUGUCAUAGAAAGUCUCUCUUCCAUGGUUCUCCUAAUCUGAGGUUGGACAGACUAACCAGGAAAGGAGGAAACGUAUCAGGGAUUUUCAAGUCCACUUGGAGAGCAGACCGUAUUGUGCCUCUUCAUCUUGACCAGGCUCUUGCAGAUAGGCCCUAAGCAUUAUGAUUCCCCAGAUUCUCCUAACAAAUAAUACUCAGCUAAUGAAAUAUUUGCAUUUACGAAUGUCCCUAAAACAGAAUUUGUCGUCUAGGUACACUGCCUCAAUCUUGACAAAAUGAGAGAAUAGAUUCUCUUGGGUUGGUAGUAAAUUAAAUACAACCCAUUUGUCAGUUCGUUUCAAAACAGUGGUUUCAGGUAGAAAGUCAUUUUAAGAGCUGAACAGAAAAGCAAGAGCAACAAUCCAACCGUAUUACAAUCUGACUCUUUUGAAAAUGAAGCAGUAGGAACAAGAAAGAUCUUUGUGUUGUUAAGAGCAUGGGACUCCAGUACCUUUGAAGCAGUUUUUAUCUUAGGUUUUCAGAGUUGCUUUACCUUUCAGUUCAAUCUGAAAGGUUGUGGAUAAGUGCUAAGCUUAUUUUUGUGGUAUGUAGUUGCACUAUUUCCAGUGACUAGUCAGGCAUUGUGCCUGAUGCUUAUACCUCCAGGGUAUGCUUCUCAGCCUUCAGAUACCUUCCUUUGUAGGUCACCUUGGGGAAAGAGCAUUAACAAUAAUCAUCUCAGUCUUACUUAACGAAUGUUCUGAGUUGUCUAGUAGAGAAGGCUCCCUGAAUCUUAAAAAAAAAUUUCCAUAAAAAUUCUCCAGCCUAUUAAACAAAAUAAAGCCAAAUAACCUGGAGUGUUUGCCCUACUAUUCCUUAAACCCUGUGCUCAAGAUACUGAAACUAUAUGUGAUGUCCCAUGUAACAUUUCUAAGAAUAAGAUCUGGCAAAUGGGACGUUUUUCUUGGGGUAGGGGAAGCAUACUAGCAUGGGCUGGGAAGGCACCCAGAUGUAUGUGUUUUAGGAAUUCUCUCAGAUUUAAAUAAAUAGCCAAAGGAAGACCUCGUUGCCUUCUGGGUGAAGGUGUAAAUUCACAUGUAUUAAUAACCUGACAGUGACCAUCCUAAUUGCUUAUUAAUUGCCUUUCUCUACCUUAGAGUCCUUAAAGAACUGUUCGGUGAAAUGAUUUGUUAUAAUGAGGGGGGGGUCUUCUCUGGUCAAUACACCACUAUUUAUUUCUAGAACUCACUGUCCGUGAGCAGCGCCAGGGUUUUCUCUGUGACCUAGAGGUUUCACUUUCACAGCAAGGAGGGAAAAGUUCCCAUUGCAUUACAACAACGUGCUAAGUAAAAAACUUGGCCAGUGGUAGCUUUCAGCUCAAUUUGUAGAAUAGUCCAAAGAGACUCUGAGAAACAUGAUGAUAGGCAGGGAUCUUUCCUGCCAUGUUUCAGUACCUACAUACCUAUUGAAAGGGAACAAUAGGUGAAACAUUUCCUAAAGUUGAAGUAAGAGCUUCAUAGAUUCUUGGUUACUUUAUUUUUUUUAAUGCUUUACAUUUGAUACAACUAUUAAAGAUCAAUUUUAAAAAUAGCUUUCCAGUAAUAUAUUUUAAGUAAUAUAUAUUUUAAUAUCUAUGUAAAAAGUGACAGUGGAAGACUUUGAAUUUCUCAUAUAUGGUAUGUUUAAUGUAGGACCUCACUGUUAAGGCACAAAUUAUUACAAAGGAAGUUACUCUAAAGACACUCAGAUUAUUUCCGAGAAAUGCAAUAAGGGGAAUAGUUUUGAAGUUUAUUUUUUAUUUUAAAAGAAAAUCAACUUAUUUACCACAAGCUAUUUUUUUUCCCUUCUGGCUUAUAAGGUUUGUACAGACUGGUUUGGUAAAUGCUAAACUUUUGUGUCUUUUGCCUUUUUAAAGGAAUUGUUAACAUUGGAAUUGAGGGUAUGUACAGAGAAGUUGGUGUCAACACCAUUUAAAAAGUCAUAUUUUUUCACAAAUAUAGAAAAAUCAUUUUACAUAAGAAUUUUAAGUAUUUGCAAUAAAUAUAUGUAUAUAGAUUGUAUGUAUUCAUAUAUUCUUAUUUUUCAUUUUAUUAUUAAGUAAAAGAUAAUUAAAGUGAAAAUAAAAACCUUGGAGUUUUUGGUGAAUCUUGAGGUCUGACAUCCAUCUGAGAGCGGUGUGGGUAAGGGCCCUCAGCUGUUGCCUUAUAUUAUCAUUGGAAGAUUACCACAGAUUGUAUAGAGGAGUGAAAUGAGGAAUUUGGUGAUAAACAUAUCAGGGUAGCGUAUUUCUUUCAGAAUUCUAGUAAAAAUGUUAAAUUCACCGUAUCUGUCUGUCUCUGUUUUCACCCUUGAACUGUUCUGUCUCUUAACCACCUGGUGUUCCUGGGAACGUUCAACACAGACAAACACAAAAACAUGGUGUGCCCACUGUUUGCUUCUGUAACAAAGAACGGUAAGAAAAUAUCUCAGGGGGAAAAUAGGUUUUUCUUUCUCAACAAUGGUUAAUGAUUCAUUAGCAAACAUUUGCUGCCAUCACCUUACAAGCAGUAGGACUACGUGAAGAAAUAAUCUCGUGAAGGUAAUUGAAAACUUUUUUUCUGUUUCCCAGUUCUUCUCUAAGAAGUGAAUUUCCUAAGCAGUUCUGUAUCCUUCCUGAUUUAUCUGGAGAGGGAGUUUCCUAGCCAGUUUUAGGUCCUUGCUGGUUGAUCUUGAGAGCUAGAAGAGCUAGGAGAACUUGGGUUUUGAACUGCCCAGUGUCGGGAAGGGCAAUUAUGCAAAUACGGAAUGAGCCAAAUAUUAGGAGAGCUUAACUGCCCAUGGUCCCAUACCUACAGAUAGUCUGCAAUCCUGUUCAAGAGAAUUUUGUGGUUGCAAAUACUUGGUUUUAGGAUACGAUUGAAGGAGCAAAAUGAUACCUAGAUAGUCUUUGGAAAUAAAGGAAUCUAGCCCAUUCUUUAAAAAUGAAUAAUUUCUAGAUUUAUAUUUUGGAAAUUAAUAAGGAUAUGUAGAAUGCUUUUUAAAAGACAGCCUUAUUAUUUUUCAAAAAUUGACAUUUCAAACAUUGGCGUUGCCCAACGACAUUGAAUAUCGUUUACCCAUCCAAGAGAACAGCACUGUAAAUCUUUGCUGAAAAUGCGCUUUUUUCUAAAGGAAAUUUCUGAAGUCUCAGGGAAUAGCUGCAUCCUCAUAAUUCCCAUAUAAUAAAUAGGAGUGAAGGUGAGAUAUUAAAUGUGUUUACACCAGCCCAUUAUGGCCUUUUACAAAGCCAUCCCCCCAUUUCCAGUAGAUAUAAUUACUUAAAUGGGCCUCCUACCUCACCGAAAGUAAAAUUCAUAUUCAGGUAAUGACAUAGGAGCCUAAAUGUAUAGUUGAUCUGCAGUUGAGUGAGAAAGCAAUAUACCAGAACACAACUUCAGCUUGAAUCCCCAACUGUCCUUUAUUUACAUCACAACCUUAGAAACCUGUGUUCAUUGCUUUUGACACUACUUGACCAUAAAGUGGUCUUUAGAAAUAAGAUUUUGCAUACUGUUUCUAGCUGUUUUUGUGUACAAAUCAUGUUACUCAUUCACAUAUUUCUUGGAGCUCCUACUAUGUGCUAAGCACUACUGAAGUUCAGGUUAUACAAGGGUAAACAAAAGCAGCCAUGUAAAUUGCAAAAGGUCUUCCUAAAGUAGUAGUAGCCAUACAGCGUGUGUCUAGUUAAGGGCUCAAGGAGUAAAUAUGUGCUACAUAUUUCCCAAGACAUAAUGGAAAUUUAAGUGUAAAUGAAUUACAGAGGUGAAGCAUUUGAGGCACUGAGCGAAACAGUGGCAAGACAUGAAGAAAGAAAAGAAAGGCAUUGCCCCUAGGUGAAAUAACAGUGUGGAAGUGAAGAGCCAUGUUAAUAAAAUUUACAUUUUCUAAAAACAAUCAUUGGAAGAUGUAGAAUUCUUAAUAGAAACGUCAAGAAAUUUCUUAGUAACAUCUUAGUUGAAGAGAGAAUCCCUUUCAAUUAAUUCUGGUCAGUGCAUCAGGAAAGAUGCUAUCUGUUAUUCUCAGCUAACCCUUUCUAAUAACAAUUAGGUAAAUAAUGCAGCCUUCCUGUCACUGAUGUUAAAACACAAAGGAAGCUAAAGGGAAUUAAAACUAAAUCUUGAUUUUCGUCUUGUAGUCUGGUGAGAAGGAAAUGUAUCCCUUUAUUUUAUAUUGUUAAAAAUGUUGUAUCCGUGCUUUUUCUCCAAAGUGGAUAAAAUUAGUGUUUUAAAGUUUUUUAUUAUAAUAUCGUAGAACUGGCUUUCCCCUCCCCACCCUCAUCUCUAAGUCACAGAACUUGAGUUAUAAGAAACUUCAGCAGGAUUCUAGACCUAAAAUUUUUAGUGGCCCAAAUUCCCAAUUCUUACUUUGAGACUGUCUGGUGUUUAAAAAAAAAAAAAAAAAGUUUUUAAAGGAUAAAUCAUUGUGUUUUGUUAGUGCUUAUUCUUGAAAUUUCCUUACCAUUUAUCUUUAACCUGAAUUGCUGGAUUUGCAACUCAAAUUCUGUAUGCCAAAAUAAUCCAGAUUCACCUUUCGGUCAAGAAGGUAUUUGGUGUAUUCCACUGUGAAAUGUCUCAGCUUUGUCCAAGAAGCAGGAGGGUGGGUAUCCUAUAUUUUCACAGUAUUUGGUCACCUUAAACAAAAGAUUUGGUUUCUUUUAUAGAGACUUUAUAAACUAAAGAAUUUCUAUACCUCCAUGGAGCUUUCAGUCUUAACCGAUAAAGGGCAUCCUUGGAAAGACUUCCUUAAACUGGGAGGAGGGACUGAGCCUUGAAUGGAGAGCCAGAGACGAUCAGCUGGGCAGAUGGGCUGUGACCACAUAGUGGACUGAGCCUUGAAUGGAGAGCCAGAGACGAUCGGCUGGGCAGAUGGGCUGUGACCACAUAGUGGACUCUCCUGAAGAAUAACUUCCAACUCAAUGUCCCUGGUUCUCCAAACUCAAAGAGGCUAAAGGGAAAUAAAAAACCUACUGAUUUCCAUCGUGACCGCAAAACCCAGAGAAUGCCUAGGGGAGAAGAAAGAUAAACCCAAGAUUGGGUUUAAAAUAGGUUUAAGUAAACUUGGGGUUAUUCUUAACUUUUUUACAAAAUGAUUUUUUUUUUUUUUUUUUUAAGGUUUUGGCUUCACAUAAUGUUACAUUGCCAUGAUCGGAACCAUUUGAUUCCAUUUGAUUCGAGACAUUUUGUAGGCUAAGUAAUGGUUUUCUAUUGAAUCAUCUACUGGCAACUUUUGCUACUGAUCAGGAUUUAGGUCUAUACACCUGUCUGUUAGAUGACACAGAUGUUGCUCAUAAACUCUAUUAAGCCAACUUGAGUCAACAUUGAAUUUUACUAACUUUAAUCAUGGAUCCUCUUUUUAAGUAGUUAAAAUUCAGAUUAGUCCAAUAAGAAAGCAAUGCAUUAAAUGAUAUCAAAAUAUUUGAAGAUACUUUAGAACUAUUUUGCACACAGCCUAUUUCCUUUCUAUGGAAAGUGUGGUACAAAAAAAUGUUACUUUCUUGGGUCAGUUCUUUCUAAGAGUCAGUGUCUGAUGUUUUCAGAUACCUAGAGCUUGGACAUGAUGGAGUUGGACUUUGAACCCCAAGUAAGCAAUUCUCAUUUUAGGAUUUCAGGCAAUAGCAAUUUGAAGACUCUGGUGACCUCAGCUGAACCUAUAUGUAAUCACUUACCGCAAACUUUAAAUUAAUGAAACUCUUCCAGAGUCUCAUAUUUUGGUUUCCUCUUUGUUGCAUAAGGAGACAGAUACUGGGCUGGGAAAGACCUGACAAUUUGCUCUUUGAUAAUAAACUACUGAUUGAAGGCCAAGUUCUUACUGAAUUCACAAAAUAUGUAGAAUCCAUGAGUACAUGACAAAUGAAACUCUAGAAAUUAAAAACUUUUAGCCGUAAGUGCUAUGACCUACUUUUUUUAAAAACCCAUCUUAGUUCUGUGAUUGCAUCACACCUUAAGACUUUCACCAGCACCAAGAGAAAUCCGAAUGGAAGAAAUGACCUUCUGUUGGUCUUGUUCACUUUAAAACUUUGUGCACAUAGGCCUUAGCACUUUGACAGAUAAAACUCUGCCUUUUAGCUCCCUCUCACUAUCGUCUUUAUUCCUCUCACUUUUAGACUGUUCCUUUCAUUGGUUGUAUAAAACUACCUUCUUCAGAAUUGAAUGUAUAAUGUUUCUGCACAUGGGCAAAUUGUAUUUUAUCUUAACGACUCAUUUCAGUUGAAUAAAGGCAUACAGUUUUACUUUA